AAUGUGAAAGCUAGGAGGGGAGGAGAAGAGGAGGAGAGGUCAGCGCGACUAGCAGUGCAGAUUGCUCACCAAACAGAAGCAGGGAGUCAAUAAAGUUGAUCAUAACCGCCAGUUUCACUUUGAUACUGGUGCAGCAACCGUGAAAUAACGAGAUGAGCUCAACUUCUUCCCCGACGAUCGGGGAGUUCUUCCUCAUCCUCAGUGAAAUGGGUUUCACAGAACAACAGAUCCAGGCGGCUGUGCAGGCGGGACAUCUUUCUGUGACAGAAGCCGCUGAAUGGCUCUUACAGGGUCAGUAUCCACGCCAUACGUUGGUCAAGCAGACAUCCAAGUCGUCUGAGACCGCACUCUCUGCUUUUAACCCACCCAAAGACGCAGCGAGCAGCUCCAAGCAACCUGCUUCUCCUGGUGACAGCAGGGCAGGUUCCUCUCUAGUCCUAAAGCUCUCCGAGUCGACCUCCCAGUCUCCUGAUCCUCCUCCAGUUGAGUCGCGGAUCAAACAAGACAAGAGCGACUUCGAGGAGAAAGAAAGACAACGUGUGGCUCAGAAAGUCCUGGCCGAGAAGAAGCAAAAGAAGCAGGAGCGCGAGAUGGUGUUAAAGCGGAUAGCUGAGGAUCGAAAAACCUUGCAGGAGAAAAGCCACGGCGGCUCUGGUGCAGACGCGGCUCCUCCCAGCAGCGAAGGCCAGAAACUGGGAGGAAAGGUCCAGACUAAUGUUGACAACAACUGUAUCCUCAUGAUCCGGCUUCCCUCCGGUGAAUCCAUGCGUGAGCGUUUCUCCGCCGACGCGCCGCUGCGCAGCGUGGUGGAGCACAUCAGCGGCCGCCACCCUUCCCUGUCCCCCUUUUCCCUCCUCCAAGGUUUCCCCAGAAAGCGCUUCGGCGAGGCGGAGCUGGCGUGUUCGCUGCACUCUCUGGGCCUCACUCCGAAUGCCGCUCUCUGCAUUCAGACCACGCCGCCAGAAACGCCUCAGGACCCGCCGAGCCCGGCAGACCCGCCGCCAGCGCCUCUCAAUGAGCCGCUUCCGUGUAUUUUCCCACCGCCGCUGCCUCAUGUUCCCGUUCCAGAGGAGGCAGAGAGGCUGAAUCCAGCGGCUGGUCACCGGCUCCCGGACGAUCUGUGGGAGGAGGCUGUGAAUUAUGCAGGGAUACCGAGAGCCAGUCCUCCCGUCUCUGGACCUUCACAUUUCUGGGGGCGAGGCCAGCGACUGGUUCCUGGUGACCUGGAGGAUCCUGGACUGGAAGCAGAUGAGGGACCGGAAGCAGAGGAAGAACCACCACAAAUUCCCAACGGAAUGCCGAGGCUGCCUUUCUUCCCGGAGAACAGGGUGCGAGCAGGAUUUGAACCCCGACACUUCUGGCCGGACCAGGGCAAUCGCCUCAGAGACGCUCCAGAGGAGGACCCAGCUGACCCCGAGGAGGCAGAGGGUCCAGUGGCGCAUGUAGCUGCAGGUCAGGCUGCGGUGGAGCGACUUCAGAGGGCUGCUCUGCAGGAGGACCACAGCGCCUCUCAGGGACAGCCCACUCCACCUAAAAGACCCUUCAGGACACCAAACGUGCCAUCCUUAUGUGCCUUGGCCAUCCGUGCAACUGUCCACCUCAUGACAGCUCCCAGCAUGCAGUACAGCAGCAGCCUGGCGGGCUUGACCCCGGAGCUGGCGGAGCUGCUGCUCAGCCACAUGUCCAGAGAGAGGCUGCUCCGCCCGCGCACCCUGGAGCUCUUCUUCGGCUGCCAGUUGCAGAAAUUAGUCCUGAACUGCUACCCUUACUCCACCAACGAGCUCCUGCGGCAGCUGCGAGCCUUCACGACGCUGAAGCACCUCAGUCUGGUCAACUCGCCUCUCAUCACAGAUUCUGGUCUGUCGGUCCUCCCCAGUCUGGUCAAGCUCCAGUCACUCAACCUGGCGUCCUGCAGCAAACUGACCGACUCCUGUCUCCAGUACAUCACAGGCUUGAAGAGCCUGUGUGUCCUGUCCCUGGAUCAGACCAAAGUGACAGAUGCUGGGAUGGUUCAGUACCUCCAGUCGGCUCCUUCCUGUCUCUCUCAGCUCAGCCUGAACCAGACAGAAGUGACCGAAGCCACCCUGGCUGCGCUCCCCACCUGCGUGCCACAGCUUCGACUCCUCAGCAUCAAGCAGACGAAGGUUAAAGAUAUUUCAGCUCUAGCAGGGAUGUCCAGUUUGCAGACUUUGAAUCUGAAUGGGACGGGUGUGACGGAGGAAUCUCUGGAGAGCAUCUCCACCCACCCAACUCUGUCUUCUCUGAGUUUAGGAGGAAUCUCUGUGAAAGAUGGGAAUCAUGCCCUCAAGAUUAUCUCAGGUCUGAAGUUGACUCACCUCACGCUUCCUGGACGCCACACUGUGACCGACGGGGGGCUGGCGUUCCUCUGCCGGCUGACUCUGCUGUCAGAGCUGGACCUGAAGGAUUACACACAGGUCACAGACCAAGGAGUCAGCCAGUUAGCUGCCAUGACCAGGUUGAAGAAGCUGUCUCUGAGCAACACGCAGGUGACGGACGCAGGGCUUCCCUCUCUGCGUGGCCUGCAGGAGCUGCAGGAACUUUGUUUGGACCGAACGGCGGUGACGAGCCGAGGAGUGGCCGAACUCAUCACCUGUCUGCCUCAGCUUCAGGUUUUGGGGUUAGCCAGCACGCAUGUGGGGGACUCGGUAGUGCGGAGGGGUCUGAUCCACUGUCAGCAGCUGGUUAAGAUCAACCUCAGCCACACACGGAUCACGGACCAAGGUCUGAAGCACCUGAAAGACAUGCGUCUGGCUCAGGUCAACCUGGACGGUACCGGGGUCAGUCUGAUGGGCAUCGCCAACCUCCUCUCGCUGACCAACAUCGGCAGCGUCCGGGCCACCAACACUCGCACUAUUCCACUGGACGUCGUCUCAGACGAGGACUGAGGACGCCUGUGCUUGGACGAAACGAACACUGACGAACCUGAGCACGGCUGCCUGCUGCUGGCCUCGGCACCAUGCUGCCACCCGGACCAACUGGAAACGGCAUUGAGUAAAAACACUCCUCCAACUUGCACUGUCUCAACUCCAGCUAGUGCCGCUAAUCUGACAAUCGCUGAAACCUUAAAGGGACAGUGCAGGGUUUACAGAGAAGUUCUGGUUCUGAGCAGCAAAUAAUGGUCCUGGUGUUUUUAUUUGGUCCAAAUCCAGACCAGUUGAUCCCGGAAGCUGAAGGUAACUGCUCUUCUGGAGCUCUGAAACCUUAAAGUUGUUUUUGUGCUUUUGGGUAUAAAGACAAGAAUAAAAGUUAGUUUUAGCAGUUCUUUUUAUUUUAUAGAAGUUUAUGCAGUCGCUCUUUUAUGAGCUUCAGAUUUUCACUGGAUGGUUAUCAUGGGAAAUUAAGGUCGGAGGCGGUGCGCUACUAAUAAUCUUCCUGUGUGAAACACGUACCAGGGUUUCUACCCAGUUUGGAGAAUUAUGGCAUUUUCCAGAAAAUUAAGGGCAUUAAAAAUAUUAUUUUCAGACUUCAUCACAUUGUUUUUAUGGCCUUCCUUUUAUAUAUUUUUGCCCUAUUUCCUAUUUUCCGUUCUUCCAUCUCUACCUUUCGACCUUUGUUAUGUCCUUCCGUUCUGAUUAUUUUUUCAAAUUCUAUAUUUAAUUCUAGAAAUUUCAGCCUAAACUUAAUUAACUUUAUACUUUAAAAAGAACAUAAAAAUCCCUGAACUCAGAAAGGUGUGUAGAUGUUUCAUACAGGAAGCUAAUCGGAGAUGUACCGCCUCCUACCUUUUGCCUAAAUAAGCAACCAAAUUAAAAGGUUCCAACUGAUCUGGAUUUUAACUAAAUCAAGACAAGUUAUUUUUUUUCUUUUCAGAUAUUGCGUAUAUAUGUAAGCUUUAAAGAAAAAAAAAAGCAGAACCUCAGUCAAAAACUCUGAACUUUUCCUUCUGCUUAAUUAAUCGGUUUAGGAAGUUUACACUCAGCAUAUAGUUACUGAUUAUUUACACUCUGCAGCAUAAAGUCUUAAGACUUGAUAAACAUUACAGCUUUAACUAUGUGAAGGAAUGCAGGUCAAGCAGCAUGAAAAACAGACUAAGGCAGAUUUAAUUUCUAAUCCUGUUUUUUUUUUAUUAUAUACAUCAAAUGUGGAAAUGCAGUGCCUUGCAAAAGUAUAAAUCAGAUCUCAACUUGUGUAUUUUAUUGGGAUUCAAAGUCAUAAAUACACACUAAAUAGUGCAUUUGUGAAGCUUUAAAUCUGAAUCUUAAUGGAAGAACGUGCUUGGGUCAGAUAAGAGUAAAAUGAAGUGAUGGCAGCAUCAGCUUGUGGCAACAGGAAAGUUGGAGGGAGACAACAGAAAAAGACUACAAUCAGAACUACAGUGGAAUGGUUUAGAAUGUCCUAGUCAAAGUCUAGAUUUGAAUCGAAGAGCUGAAAAUCACUUAGAUGGGCUCCUCUAACAGCUGUGCUGCAGAAGACAAAUAAUACAAAUAAAAAUGUUACCCCUUCAGUUUAGACAGUAAAAGUGUACAUAUACAUUUUGAUUAAUUCAUUGGGUUUCAAUACUUUUGCAAGGCAUUGUUCAAAAGUAAUUUUCAUUCAAUAAAUGAAUCAUCCUGGUACAGCAUGACCUCGUUUCCUCCUAAUGUAAUUUAUGCCAAGAAAUACCAGUCGAGUGUAAAUCUUUGGGAAUUCAGCCAUUUUGAUUUUCAUAACCAAAACAAACUCGCUUUAAAUCUUUUCCUUGUUGCAAUAGUUUAUUUUCCCUAAAAGGUAAUUACUUUGAUACAGUCCCUGUAAAUGCAUAAAGAAUAAUAAAGACUUCUCCAAUUC